AUGCCUUCAACCCCAAUCCUCCUCCUAAAAACCCGCUCAUCCCCCCACGAUGGCUAUGACGACUUUCUCUCGGCGCAAGGCUACAUUCCUUCCUUCAUCCCCGUCCUAGAACACCGCUUCAACACCAAGAACCUCUCAAACGUCCGGGAGCUAUUCGCAUCCGGCGCAUUCGAUCUAAACCACACGAAUACCAAUGCCGACUCCAAUUCCAAUGCCGAUACCCAGGAUGCUCCCGAAGCUUUCAAGAAAUACGGCGGUAUGAUUUUCACCAGCCAGCGCGCAGUGGAAGGAUUCGCAAAGAUGAUUGAGGAAGAUGGACUCCGCCUCCCAUCAACACCCCUGGUCCUCUACACAGUAGGCCCAGCGACGGCCCGAACCCUAACAACACUUCGAGACAAACAUAUCCCCACCGCAAAGAUCUACGGUGCGGACGCAGGGACGGGGGAGAAAUUGGCCCACAUGAUGCUGGAGCACUAUAACGCCUUACACGGAUGUACAUCCACAUCGAGUGAAAAGCCAGGCCUGCUCUUCCUAGUCGGCGAACAACGCCGCGAUAUCAUACCCAAAACACUUAUGUCAGACUCAUUACCAGUCCAGGACCGGAUCCCCGUGCAUGAGAUUGUGGUGUAUGAGACUGGGGAGAUGGGGUCUUUUGAGAGGGAUUUUGAGGGUGCUAUAAAGCGUGCGGAAACGCAGGGGGACUGUUGGGUUGUGGUUUUUUCGCCUUCUGGGUGUGAGGCUAUGCUUAGGGUUUUGGGGUUGGGGCCGUUUAAGAGUGAUGGGGAUGGGGAGGAAAGAAGGGUAUUCGUGGCUACUAUUGGACCUACGACGAGAGAUUACUUGCGGAGUACGUUUGGGUUCGAGGCGGAUGUUUGUGCUGAGAAACCUAGUCCUGAGGGUGUGCUGGAGGGAAUCAGGAGGUUUAUGGAGUUGCGUGACAGCACAUAG